AUGGCAUCUUCCAAGACGUUAGAUGGGUCGUCAACUAUUAUUGAACUUGAAGAAAGGAAGCUUGAUCCUACUUGCAAUGAUGAGAAUAGACAACACCAUCAAUUGCAAUUUCCUCAAAAAACAACACUGAAUAUUGACGGAGUGGUAAAUCCUGAAAUGUUACAUGCGCAUUUAACUUUGCUAACGAAAUUUAAAGAAUUAGAACAAUCUGACCAAGAGAUGGAUGACCGUUAUUUAUUGCGAGCCGAACAACGAUACAUUGCAUGGAUAAAUUUAUUGAAUGAUAAAAAUUUUCCUAAAGAAGAAAUGCCCAUUCCGCCACUUGAUGUUUGCUUAAUAUGGCACGCCCAUUGUCUUUCGCCAUUACGUUACUACGAAGAUAUGCUACGUCUUCAUGACCCUCAAGCGCACAAUUAUAGUUUCCCGUUAGCCAGAUUGGCAAGACAUCUUGACGAAUAUUCACAACAGAUUUGGCAUGAAUACACAAAAAAACCUUGGGUUCUUGAACUAAAUGAUGAUUCACCGUUUGAUUUUAAGUGCCCGCUAUGCAACAAAAUAGGUCAAAUUUCACCAGAUAUUUACGUAAAAGCCAUGCGCACAAAUAAUUGUGAUAUAAAAUGUAACAUUUGCAGCCGCCAAUAUAUGAGUGAAUUUCUGAGCGUCUCUCGAUUCGUAAAAGAUAUUCUCACGUACAGAAAUGACCCAAAGAAAUUAAUAGGGGGUACAAUUGUUGAUUUGAGAAACGGAACUGUCAGUAAGCCUAAUGCAGAGAAAGAUUGCAAUCUGCUCUUUUCUAGCCCGGGAAUUACCAUAUCCACAUCUACGGUCUAUACUUGGAAAGAAAUAAAUACAAAAGUCAAAAAUCAUACAGAUAACCUUAAAACUAGUCUUAAAUUGAAAGACGUACGAAAUGGGAUAAUUAAACGAAUAAUUUUCGCAUAUAUGGAUAUUCCGGCACCAUUCUCUAUCGACCUCGUCAGUGCAGUUAAACGUCAGCGAGACUUUACAAAUAAGAUGGUCGAUAAUUCUUGGAUUAAUUGCAUGACAGUUCAAUCCAAUGCAGUCGAACGUUAUCAUAAAUUUAUUAACUUACAAAAGGAUUACGCGAGAACUCUAUUUGUUCCGACCCUCGAUAUUGAUCUUGCAUGGCAUACGCACAUGCUUCAUCCGUCACUUUAUCGAAAUUUUACUAACAAACAUAUGGGACGAAUGAUUAAUCAUGAUGAUACAUUGGCAAAAAAAAC